AUGAUGAUCGGUACAAAUGAUUGCGAACAUUCAUUUUUAAUUGAAUUUUUAUUUCAAGAAAGUACUCUUGUUCACCUUUUAACAAAAUUAAUGGGCAAUUUUGAUAGUUUAUUAGAAGAUUGGUAUCCUAAACUGGGCAAUCGAUUUGUUCAGAAUGCCAAAGAUGAUUAUUUAAUAAAUCUUUUUAUUCCUUGUCAUCGAUGUUUAACUGAAUUCAAUUCAACGGAAAAACCUCUUUGUCAAACAUUUUGGUUAAAAAU